AUGACCGAUCAAUGCGCUGCCAUAGCUGCUGCUAUUUCCCAAGUUUUUCCAACCUCAAGACAUCACCUAUGUAUAUGGCAUAUCGGUGAGAAUUCAAAGAAGCACAUCAAGGGACUAAGAAAUCAAAAAGAUUUUCUAGACAUAUUCAAUUGUCUGUUGAAACAUACCGAUACAGAGGCAGAGUUUGAGCUUUACUGGACAAGAGAAAAAUGGUGCCCUGCAUUUAACAAAGAUUAUUUUUCUGGUGGUAUUUUAUCUUCACAAAGGAGUGAAACCACAAAUCACUCUAUUUCUAGAAGGUUAUCCAAGACUGCUGGGCUAUGUGAUUUCUAUAGCUCCUUUGUUGGUGUUGUUUCGGAGUGGAGGAGUAGAGAGAACGGGGAAGAUGUCCGGUGUUCCCAAGGUGUACCUACAAUGGCUAUGGAUCACAUUAAGAUUCUUUCACACGCUAGGGAUAUUUAUACGAUUGAGAUAUAUUACUUGUUCGAAGAGCAGUUUUUGAAAGGGGCAUCAUGCUAUCAAGAGUGUGUUCAAUUUGAAGGUGGUGUGUAUAAGUAUCACUUCUGGAGGCCGGAGGUUGAUAUUAUUAGGCAUGAAGUGAUUUUUAACGUUAGAGAGUUAGAUAUUUGGUGCAGUUGCAAGCUGUUCACUGAAACCGGGAUCUUAUGUUGUCACUGUUUACGCAUUUUAAACGUGCAUUGUGUGUCUGAAGUUCCAAAUAAAUAUAUUCUGAAGAGAUGGACUAAAAGAGUUUUGGAAGACGAGAAUGCUGAGAUCACUAGGAAAUUUCAGAAGUUGGUUGUUUAUUGCCAAGAAAACAGCGAAGCACGCAAAAUUUUUGAGCAAGCAGUGUUAGAUGCCAAGAGAAAAGUUGAAGAUGAGUAUGGCCCUAUUUUCUUCGAAGGUGAAGAUUGUGAUGUGGAAUCGUCGAGCGGUGUUAUAAAGGAUCCAUCAAACAUGCGGUUGAAAGGGUUACGCAAUAGGAGGGUGACUAGUGUGAUUGAAAAGAAAUACAAGAAAGCAAGGGGUCGAAAGCAGCUUGCUCAUAUAGCUGUAUCUAAAACAAAAUCGGUGGGGCAGUCUCAAGUUGAAGAUGCUAUUUCUAAUAUUGCUGGUAAUGGAUAUCUGGUGCAUCCAAUGUCUGGAGGUUCAACUUUUUGUCAUUUUAGGUCAAAUGCAAAUCAAGAGGACAAUCAGAGUGUGUCUUAA